CCUUGCUACUCACUUGGCUUGUUAUUGACUGAGGCUCAGGGGGGCUAGCUCCUCCCUAUAUAGGGGCCGGUCUUUUGUUUAUUGUCCCUGCCUACAGGAGUGAAUAGGAGGAGCUAAACUCAGAAUACAGGAUGCUAGGAUCCUCAUCUGCUGGAAAUGAAUGGGUAAGUACCAAUGUUUGUUUUCCGUCUGUUCCUCUUCCACAACCAGAAGCUCCAGGUGGAGAACCAGCACCUGAGGGAGGAGACCCAGAGCCUGGCCCUGGAGAACCAGGAGCUCCGACUGGGGCUGCUGCCUCUACAGUGCGGUCCAGAGAAGCACGAGGGACCCAGCGCCCCAGCCCUGCUCAAGGUGAGUGGGAACCCCUUGCACCUGGGACAACGGGAUGAUGGGCGCUUCUUUCCCCUCCCAUUGAAACUGCCGCUCUUCCUCCCGCAGGUGGAGAUGCUGGAGCCCCAGGAGGAAGAGGAAGGAAACGAGGAGGAAGAGGAAGCAUCAGGGGAUGAUGGGAAGGGGGUCCCCGCCGCAUCCAGCCCGGUGCCCAGGUCCGCUGAGUCCGCAGCACUUGGCCAACAUGUUCCUCCGCAGCAGGGACAAACCCAGGCGACACGCACCGGAACGGAGACGGCGCCAUCGGCCUCCUCCUCCUCCCUCCUCCUCCCAUGGAUCCUUUGGACCCUCCAGAUGCUUCGGAUGUUGAGGCUUUCUGACCUCCUUCUGGGCCUUCUGGACAGCCUGGACCUGGACCUCUUCCUCCGCUGCCCUCUGGACCUCGGGCCGUCCUGCCUUGACCCUCUGCUGGCUGUUGACCGUUCGCCACCGGCGCCGCCAGAGGGAGACGCAUCCGCCUUACGAACCGCCCAGGUUCCCUCUCUGGGGCUGGUGCCACCGUGGCUGGUGGCCAUUAAUGAACUGAUCCGCUUCGACCACGAAUACACCAAGCCCUUCUUCCUCAAGGAAGAGGAAGAGGAACCGGCGCCGGAAGUAAAGGAGGACGAGGAAGGGCUGCCUUUGCCAUCCUCCGUGGUGGAGGACCUGGGCCUCUCAGGUCUCCUCCUCUUCUCGGAGGCGGGCGACUCUGGGUACGGAGGGUCCCCCUGCUCCCCCUUCAGCGACUUGGAGGAUGACUACGGAGGACCCGGGUGGGGACAGGAGGAGGCUUUCGCCACGGAGUUCUUCCCGCAGCUGGUCAGCGUCUGAGGAAAGUGCCACGCCCACGUUGGCGGCCAUGUUGGAGUCCUCACUGGUGUCCCUUUUGGUGUCCAUUUUGGAGUCCCAUUUGGCAUCCAUAUUGGCAUCUCCGUUGGCGUCCAUAUUGGCAUCUCCAUUGAUGUCCAUAUUGGUGUCUCCAUUGGCGUCCAUAUUGGCGUUUCCAUUGGCAUCCAUAUUGGUAUCUCCAUUGGCAUUCAUGUUGGGGUCCACAUUGGCAUCUCCAUUGGCGUCCAUAUUGGUGUCCCCAUUGGCAUCCAUAUCGGCAUCUCCAUCCUCAACCCAAAAGGAGGACCCGUUUCCCCUCCGGACUCCUCAGUCUCUCCCCUUUGCCCCCCCCCAAAAGUGCCGUUUCCUCCCCCGCCAAGUGUUUCGCAGCAUUACUUCCACACAAAUAUUAUGCAGUUUCCAUCGCAAAUCAUGGGGGGAGGGGUCUCAAUGUGUUACUUAGCGAUGUGUAAAUAAGAAUAAUAAUACUAUUAAAUUGGUCAAAAGAUGUAAAGUAAGAAGAUGCUUAUGGAAAUGGGGUUUAUAUUUUUAUUUCCCUUACUCUGGUGUAUUUAAUCAUCUGUGCUAUUAAAAAUGUGACACAAACGAA